GGAAAAGGAAGUAGCGCAUGUUCUACACAAGUUUGACCCUUGUGGUUGUAACGUUAGAAUUUAUCAUUACCAUAAAUUUAUAUCCUUAUUUUAGUGAAAUGUACCUCUAAAAGCGGAAAAAUAAUUCAGUGUGAUAGAGAAAAAGGCAACAAAGAAGACUUUUUUUUUUUUACAAAGCAGCAUGAGACUGACAGCGUGGCUUUCUUUGGCAGCAAAAGCUGCAUUUCCACGGGAUUAUCGCUAUGGCACAAACAGACCAUGGACUAUCGCAGCCCAGCGGCUCAAUCCACCCGGCAAGACCAGAAGAAAGGUGUUUGUUGAACCUAUAGCAAAUGAGGACUGGCAUGUUGUGAGAGGAGAUACAGUGGAGAUUUUGUCUGGAAAGGACAAAGGAAAGCAAGGCAAAGUUGCUCAGGUUUUCCGACGUCGAAACUGGGUCAUACUCGAGGGCCUGAACACGCAUUACAGGUAUAUUGGCAGAUCUGGAGAUUACCGGGGUACUUACAUCGCCAGUGAAGCCCCUCUGCUGCUGAAGGAUGUUACAUUAGUUGACCCUACUGACAGGAAGCCCACAGAUAUCGAGUGGAGGUACACUGAAGAGGGCGAGCGAGUGCGUGUUUCUGUCAGGACAGGACGGAUAAUUCCUAAACCAGUCUUUCAGAGAAAAGAUGGCAUCAUUCCUCAGCAGUGGAAAGAUGGACCCAAAGACACAUCACCAGAAGACACGCUUCAGAAAACAUACACGCCAUCUUUGAAAACCCUCGAGGAAGAAGUUUUGGAGAAAAUGAACAUUCGGGAAGAUAGAAGGCCUCGUAAAAGCUACUGGUACUGAGUUACCACAGAGAUUAGCAAGACAAUUUAUCAUGGAGAAAUGUUGUAUGAGUUCUGCAGACUUUGUCAAUAAACACAACCAAAUGUU